AUGCGUUUCAAUUCCACAUUAAGCCUGGCAGUACUGGCCAGCGCGACAGCUGCUCAAUUGACAACCCAACUAUUUAACUUCACCAGCUCAAUCAACAUCGAAAACAGCGAGCUCCGUCCUAACGGCCAUCUCCUCACAACCUUUUACAAAGCCCAUCUCUACACAAUCAACCCGCUAGCCCGGAAACCCGAAGCCGAGCUCGUCGCCACGCUUCCCGGCGCCACAGCUCUAACCGGCAUUGCACCCGUUGGCCACGACAAGUAUGCCGUCGUAGGCGGGGUACGAGGCUCAUACCACUACGACAAUGAGACCAUAUACACUGUCGAUUUCAGCAAGAAUGCCAAAACGCCCACCAUCGAGACUGUCGCCCACAUCCCCGACGCCGAUAUGCUAAACGGCAUGGCUUCAAUGCCAUUGCAGCCGCAUAUCCUCCUAAUCGCAGACGCGCGGUUGGGAUCCAUCUUCCGCGUGGACAUUACCACCGGUGUCUCGAAGGUGGUGUUAAAGAACGACGCCCUUGCUGCGCCCACGAACUCCUCCAUGCCCAUUGGCAUCAAUGGCCUGCAGGUAGUUGGAAAUAAUGUGUAUUUCACCAACAGUGCGCUUAAUAUCUUCGCCCGGGUGCCUGUCAGCGAGGAUGGACAGACCUUUGGCCAUAUACAGGCCAUUGCGCGUCUGGAGCGCGAGGCUGGUGAUACUGAAUCCGAUUGGGAUGAUUUUGCUAUUGAUGAUAGUGGAAAUGCUUAUGUUGCGCAACCCCUCAAUACCAUUGCUAAGAUCACGCCGGAUGGAACGCAGAGUGUUGUUGCUGGCGGCAGUGAUAGCUUGACUUUUAUUGGGCCUACGUCUCUGCAGAUUGUGCCGGGUAGGAAGUUGGCUUAUGUUACUACCCGUGGAGGUGAUAAGGGGGGUGUUUCUUAUGGUGGACAGGUUGUUGCUCUUCAGCUUCGCUAG